AUGUAUGCUAUGAUAUUUUUUUCAGCCUCGUUGAAACAAUGCCCAAAUGAUUGUAACAUAGGAAGCUCUCAAGGAAGCUGCAACUAUAUUACCGGAGUAUGCGUUUGUGUCUCAGGAUGGUCUGGUACUGAUUGCAACACGGCAGUUACUUCAACCGCAAGCGGGGCCUCCAGAAAAUGUGUUCAGUGUAACUCAGAAAUUGAUAGCGAAUGUAGUACAUCAAGAACAAAUGUAGAUUGUCCAGUGACUGAAGCAUAUUGCUCUACAAGAACAUCAACCAUUAUUGACGGAUUCGAUGCAGUUAUCCGCAUUGUCACCACCAAAGCUUGCACAUCUGCUUUCAAAGCUGUUGAUCAAUGUGUAUUUAACGAUAUUCACACUGAUCGCCAAUUAGCGAUGCAGCUGUUGGUUACAUCGAGUUUAACUGUUCCUCUACCUGUGAUACCAAUGAUUGCAACACCAACACAGGUUUGA